AUGAAGGGGAAAGACUUGAAGGAAGAAAUAAAAGAAUCCUCUGGAGAAAAUCGAGUUAUGUUCGGAAAUCCUACAAAGAGGCUUGCCUGUAUUGGAAUGAAUUGGAGAAACAUAAAUGUCAAAGAUCUGUUUAAGAUCUUCAACUCAAUUCUACUGGGCUCAUCUCCUCUGAGUGUGAAGCUCUGUAAAACCAAGAUAGGAAGAGAACGUCUUGGAGACAACAACAUUUUUGUCAAGAGCUGUGAAGAGGGAAGGAUCGAUGAAUGUUACACUGCUGUUGCCGAAUUUGAGGAUGUAGAUGAUUCAAAGCACAUAUAUACUGCAUGCGACGGAGUAAGAUUAGGGAACUCGGGAAUGGUGUUUGAUCUGAGAUUUGUGCCGGACUCUCUUGAUCUUCAAAACGUAUGUGAUGAGGCUUUCAACGAUGACGGAUGUGAAGAAAAGGACUUUGUUGUCAGAGAGAAGAAAGAGGAGGAAGAUGAUAGUGAGAUAGAGUCUCGGCUUGAGAAAUUAUUCAAAGAAAAGGAAAUCAACUUCGACCUUGUCUCCGAGCUGGUCGACAUGUCUGAUGAUGAGAACAUUUCCGGCCUGCAAGACCAUCUGCCAAUUUCUUCGGAGAACGAGAAGAGCAAGUUCCUAGAGUCCAGCUCCGACGAUUUUAACGACGAAAUAUCGGAGGAUAAGGAGAUCGAAAAUAAGAAAGCCAAGAAGAAAGAGUCUAGUAAGAAAGACAUAGAAACCAUUCCCAGAGGAAAGCCAAUAGACGAGUGUGAUGGCUUUAUGUUUGAUCCAAAAGACAAAAGAUUCGAGGCAAUAUUUGAAGACGAAGACUUUGCCAUUGACCCCACACACCCCGAGUAUAAGAGAAAGGGCGGUUUGAAGGAGAUAUUAGAUGAAAAGAGAAAAAGAAUUAAGGAUAACAUUGAUUAA